AUGAAGAAACAAACUGGUGACUGCGGCGUUAACAAACAAGCCGAUAAAAGUACUGGUGUCAUGGCUGCCCAUACACCGGGCUCUGAACCAGCGACAUCAGGAGAGCCACCGAUUCCACAGACUGCACCAAGUGUUGCCAAGACAUUGGAGAAGAAUCCAUUUUCCAUCAGCACCCAACUGAGUGGAGGGACUCCCAGCCCCAUUCUGCCGUCUGCUGCCAGUGUCCAGCUCGCUCAGCUCCAAGCUCAGCUCACCCUUCAGCGGCUGAAGUUCGCUCAGUCGGCGGUGAACAGCAACACGGCAGCCGCCAGUGUCCUCAGUCAGGUUCUCACCAAGGUUGCCAUGUCCCAACCUCUGUUUAACACGCUGAUUGGUGCCACGUCCGGACAAGCUGGGGGCUGUAUGUCGGGCCCGGCUAUGCCGCCAGCUGGCUUGGCUUAUUCUGCCCAAACUCCAGGGUUACCUCCUCUGGUGGCGGGAGGCAUGGGCCAAGGUGGCAGCCUGCAGGCACAGAACCCAAGCCCUCUCAGAAUGAAUCCUUUUGUGGGCAUGGCUUCGCAAUCAUCUGCCCAUUCAGCAGCACCAGUUAUGAAUCUGAACAAACCUGCCUCGUCACAACCUCCCGGUGGCUUUUCUGAAUAUCCGGCCGACUUCUCCUGUAAGACCAGUGGCGCCAGCAACCACACCUACGUUCACGACGAGGUGCUGUCUACCCAGGGCUUUCAUCCGUUUGGUUUCAGAGGAGACAUGUCCAACAUCCUUCCUGUUAAUCCUGGCCCGGUUAAAGGGCAGCAACUUUUGAAUCAGCCCCAUCCCGGAUUCCAGCUGGAUUUCCAGAAUUCCCAGGCGUCCAGAAUGCAGGCGCUCAGUUAUCCGGGAGAAAUGAGCGCCUGUGGCUUCCCCCAGAAGCCCGAGAGCUUUCAGCAGGUCCACCUGACUGCCAGUUCACAGAACCAGGGAAACUGGACACCUGAUCAGUGGCAGAGCCUGCACCCCAACAGACCUGAAUUUGUAGCUCAGCCCCAGGACAUGUGGUCCUCCAAGGGUAAACAGUUGCAUUCGAGGAAUGAGCUGUACAACCCCGAGGAGCCAACAUCUGAAGGGAAGUCCAUGGUCGGAAGGCCGCCUCACAGCAACAGACCCAACAACGAUAGCCAGAACUUCCCUGGCCCCCAGUUCAGUCCCCGUGACAGGCCGCCCCCAGGAUCCCUUCACUCCCAGCUCCCAGAAAGACAAAUGCAGCCUCGGGAACUCAACGACUUCCAUGGCUUGGUGCCUUCCCAGCUGCCCCACAUUUGCUCAAUAUGUGACAAGAAAGUCUUUAACCUCAAGGAUUGGGAACAUCAUGUGAAUGGAAAGCAUCACAUCCAGAACUGCACAGUCUUCUCUGAAAAGUAUGAGCUGUUUCCACAGAGGAAGCCUGGACCCAGCCGAGUCGUUCAUAUCUGUAAUCUUCCUGAAGGAAGCUGCACUGAGAGUGACGUCAUUAAUCUUGGACUUCCAUUUGGGAAAGUUACAAACUACAUUCUCAUGAGAGCCACAAACCAGGCCUUUCUGGAAAUGGCGUAUCCUGAGGCAGCCCAGGCCAUGGUACAGUUCUAUCAACAGAAACCCCCUGCCAUUGAUGAACAGCAGCUACUUGUUCGCAUGUCCAAACAAUACAAGGAGCUCAAGCUGAAGAAACCAGGGAAGAAUGUCGAUUCAAUCAUCAAUGAUAUUAAUUCUCAAAAAGAAAGAGAGAUGCAGAAAAAUUUGGACAGAUUUGCAGCAGAAAGACCCCGGUCUCGCAGUCCCCUUACGCAGUCACUCAGCCCAAGGAUGGAAUCUCACAGCCCAAGCCUGACAUCCUGUUGUUCCUCCCAGCAUUCCUCCUUGAGUCCCCGGAAGGGCAACAUGAGUCCAAUGGCAAUCUCUAGGGGAGAACGGAGUAAUGGGAUAGAAAGAAGAGGAUCACGGGAUUACCAUUUUCACAAAAGAAGAGAGGAGGAGAAAAGUGAAUCUAUACCGAAGAAUUGUUCUGGAGAUGAAUCUGAUAGGUGGAGUUAUGACAGAAAACAAUAUUUAAAAUCAAGUGGACGAUCCAGUCCACAGUUAUUGGAGGACAGUGGAGAUGGUUACCAAGGACACAAAGAUAAAUAUGCAAAAUCUGGCCUUCAAAACCUGAUUCCACCCCACUCUAAAUACAAAAUGCGAAAUGAAGAGGAUUAUAAGAAAGAACAUAAGGUUAAAUCAGUAAGACAUCACCAUUCACCACGGACUAAAAGGAAAGGUAGAGAUGUUCACCAGCGGUCAGGAAAGAGAACAUGUUCAAUUAGUCAAGAUCACACUGAGCACAAAGGUGAAUUUGAGGGUGAGACAUCUCCUGCUCAGACGGAUGGCAUCCAAACAGCUCAAGAGGAGGUGGGAAGGAGUGAACAAGAUGAAACAUCUGAUAGUGAGAGCACAUCUUCCGAAAGUGGAAGUGAGACUGAAGGUGAAGUGUGGUAUUCCGGCAGCUUGGAGGAGUUUGUGACUGUGGAUGAGGUGGGAGGAGAGGAAGAACAUUUGAUGGAGGUACAAGUGGAGGUUGCUGAGAUCCAGGACAGUGACUGUAUUCAAACCGAACAGGAUGGGAAAAUGGAAACAAGUAACAAUGACCUAAUAGCAAAAGAGACAGUCAUUGACUGCGGACAUCCCAGUGACAAUCUUCAUAGCUCUUCACCUCGAGAUCCAAGGUUAAUGAGUCCAACCCCUUCUCUAGGGAGUGACCGACUCAGCAUGGAAUCGGAGAACCAUUCUCAAUUAACGUCCAAUUCAGUGAAUGAAAUGGAACAGACUGCUGUUAAAGCGCUGCAGAGUCCUGUGGAUUGUCAAAGCUGUGAAAUGAGCAAAGUGUUGACUGAAAAUGAAUCCGUUGGUCGGCUGGAUACAGAAGAUCUGUGCAGACCUGAUGAGUCUUGUGUAAGUGAUGAGAAGCAACAACAUGAACAUUUUUCAAAGGAAGUGGCAGAACUUCCAAGAACAGAUCAAUCAGUGGCAAGCACUAAUAUAGGAAGUGCAGAAACAGCUGAAAGCAAGGAAGACUAUCCAGAAGGAAUCAGUAGAGAAAACACAAGCCAACCAAUGCAAGAAUCAGCUGGAAGCAGUCAACAAGUCCCUCACAUACAACAACCUCAGUUGCCAUGGGAGCGCAACAAUGUCUUCUCUAACCUUAGUAUUCCUCUAGGUGUUGAAUUUGUAGAACCUAGAACUGGAUUUUACUGCAAGCUCUGUGGCCUGUUUUACAUUACGGAGGAAGCUGCAAAAACCAGUCAUUGCCGGAGUUCUGUCCAUUAUAAGAACCUGCAGAAAUACUUAUCACAGUUGGCUGAAGAAAGCCUGAAGGAAGGUGAAAGAGAUGGAAAUCCCGGAAUGGAGGAGGAAGUUGGGAUCAUGCCGCAGUUUGAAACUAAAAAGCUCAAUCCUUCCUGA